UGCUCGGCCAUCUUUGUAGAGUCAGGAGUGUUGUGUAUCGGUUGGGUGGUUGUGCUUCCUGCUGUAAUCUCGGUGUGCGGUAUAUACGAAUGUCCACGUUGUUUCCAUCACUGUUCCCACAAGUGACUGAGUCCCUGUGGUUUAAUUUAGACCGGCCAUGUGUGGAUGAGAAUGAGCUUCAGCAGCAAGAACAGCAGCACCAGGCCUGGCUUCAGAGUAUAGCCGAAAAGGACAACAAUUUGGUACCUAUCGGCAAACCUGCUUCUGAGCCAUAUGACGAAGAGGAGGAGGAAGACGAUGAGGACGAUGAAGACAGCGAGGAGGACUCAGAGGAUGACGAGGAUAUGCAGGAUAUGGAUGAGAUGAACGAUUACAACGAGUCACCAGAUGAUGGGGAAAUAGAGGCUGAUAUGGAGGGGACUGAACAAGACCAUGACCAAUGGAUGAUCUAACUACAUUUGUGUUCCAAAGCUCCUGCCGAUUGGUGAUAGAGAGCUAACGUUGUAGACCAGAAUAUUGUCGCUGCCAGGAGACGUGUAUGAUAUUAAAGGGUCAUGAUACUCAAUGCUAAAUAAGUUGAAUGUGAUGCAGCAUAUCUGUAAAAAGCUAAUUGGAAAAUAUCACAUAAACAUCUCUGUACAAAAAAAAAAAAUUACCUCAAAAAAUGUUCAGCUCACCAGAGUAAGUGCUCUGUGAGCAGUUAUCCUUCAGCUACUUUCUAUUUGCAUUGCAAAAAAAAUAAACAGCCAAUCCAGCUUUAUCAUCAGUGCUGAGAUCACACUUUGAUUUAUCAUAGUAAACUUCCUUACUCUGAGGAGGCUACUGAGGGCAUUUUGAGGUAAAAUAUAUUCUUUAUAUACAGAGCUGUUCAUGUGAUAUUUUCUAGUCGGCUUUUUACAGAUAUGUUGCAUCACUUUCAAGAGCUUCAUCAUUUGGGCAUCAUAUCGCUGUAAACGCUCAGUGCUGACACUAGACCUAGCAGUUAUCUAAUAAUGUGUGGUUGCGUUAUUUCGAGAGCAUUAUAACCAAGUGUGUACUGAAAUAACGGACUGAUCCAAGAAAUGUGUAGAGGAGCUUGCUCACCUGAAUGUUUUACAGACAAGCCUGGGCCCUAACUGCAACUCAGUACUUUUUUUUUGUUUUUGUUUUUUAUCCAAGGAAUAGCUUCAUUUGUACCAUACUGAUUUAUUGUAUCUUCUAGAAAUGAACUAAUCUCAGAGUUUUUGGUGGGAUUUAUUUAUUAAAGAAAAUUAAAACUUAUUUCUUUUACAAAAAAAAA